AUGAAGAUGUUGCGUAUCGGAAGACCUCUUAUUGAUACUCACCGCCAAACGGUGUUUUCAAAUGGAACGCUUCUGAUUAGAGACAUCCGUAAAGUGGACGACGAGGGCGGUUACGUCUGCGUGGCCAGCAACCCAGAUGGAGACACCGCCAGAAGGAAGAUGAAUGUUCAAGUUAUGGAGGCGCCGGAGAUAGAUCCCAUAUUGGUCAAGUCUAACCUUCAGCGAGGAAUGAGAAUCCAUCUGACAUGUAUUAUCAGUAAAGGAGAUUUCCCAGUGUCCAUUCGUUGGCUGAAAGAUGGCAAGGCAAUUCCUCAUGGGCAAGGAAUCACAGAAAAGACGAUAGACGAUUACUCGAGCACACUGAGCUUCAACGGCCUCGCUGUGAAUCAUUCUGGAAAUUAUACUUGUCAGGCGUCGAAUGCGGCAGCCAUCACGAACUACACGGUACCGAUCAUAGUAAAUGUACCUCCGUCGUGGCAAACAGAGCCCAACGACACAGAGGUAGUGCUUGGUAGCAGUCUUAUGGUGGACUGCGCAGCUGAUGGUUCUCCCAUGCCACGCAUUCAGUGGAAAAAGGAAUCACCAAUUCCUGUGUCUCCGUUCCAAGAUAUACACAGGACAGAAAAUUUCAAAGUUCUUGAGAAUGGCAGUCUGUGGAUACAAGACGUGCUUCUAGAAGAUAAAGGCUAUUACGUCUGCGAAGCCAAUAGCGGUAUCGGAGUUACUCUCAAUAAGGGAAUCUACAUCACCGUACAUGUCCCAGCAAGGUUUUCCACAGCAUUUCACAAUGUUACUGCGAGAAAAGGCAGCACUGCAAUACUGGACUGCGUAGCUGACGGAGAUAAACCACUAGAAAUAAAAUGGCACCAUGCAAACCGCUUGCUUAAACCGGAUCACGUAAAAAUGGACGUGAAGGAAGAAAAGCUGGAUUUUGGGCUUCGCUCAAAACUGACGAUAAAGCAUGUUCAUCGAGACGAUUCGGCUUUAUUCGGAUGCUUAGCCAGCAAUAAAUAUGGCAGUGACCGCAUGGAAUUCCAUCUGAUUGUUCAAGAAAACCCAGAACCACCAUUUAACGUUCGUUUGAUUAAUUUUUCGAGCAGAACAGCCAAUAUUAGCUGGGAGAUGCCUUAUGAUGGAAACAGCCCGAUACACACUUUCAUUAUACAGAUCAAAAAUGUUUCAGGCAAGGUGGUAAUGGGACCUGUACUCACCAAAGUAAUAAGAUCUGAUAUGGCUAAUAAUCCUGCAGACAUCAUAAAAAUUAUUUAA